UUUUUUUCAAGUACUCAAAUGUAGUUGGUGGAGAGACACGAGGGCAGAAGGCCUGAGUGGAUGACCUUUAGGGAAAAGGGUCUCUCACUCUCGGUCUCUUGAAAAAGGGUCCAUGGCCGCGGCUGCUAAUGCUACAUGAUCUCGGGGGGACUUACACCUCCAGCCCGAUCUCGCCAAAGGACACGGAGAGACACGGGCUCCAGCAGACGAUUUGAGAUGAAAUAUUUUUCUCCAUGGAUCUUGUUACCUUAACUUGGACUCUGCGGCGAUGUCCAAAGGGAUUCCUUUCGUCUUUAAGGGCAAAAGUGAGUGCCCAGUGCAACAUACUAGCAUCCUCUGCACUCCCCGAGGGCCCAGAGACACCCGAGGCAAUGGAGUCUUUCAGAAGAAGCCUUCAAUAACUGCAGCCGAGCUUGAUCACCCAAUCAAUUACCAGAUAAAAAGUAGAGUCCUCAAAGAAGUCUGACAGAAAUCGAGAUGGCAGAAGGCCCCGGAUCCAGUCGCAGUCUCGAGGGGCCCAAAGUCACAGGGGACCAAAUUUUUUCGGACGCCGCAAUGCAAGAACCGCCAGUUUUCAGCCGCAAACUCCGUAAAGCCGCAGUGGGAACAAGUUGUGACAUCCGACUGAGGGUGUCAGUGACCGGAUAUCCCAAACCUUCGUUGACCUGGUACCACAACGAUGAGCCACGGCUCCCAUCCGAAGGCCAGGACUCAGGCGGGCUGUGGAUUCGGGACUGCCGCAUGAGCGACGCCGGCUUGUACACGUGCGUGGCGACCAAUGAGCUGGGAGAAGCAAGCUGCAGCGCCGUCUUGGCCAUUAUGGACCUCGGCGAAGACUCUGAGACCACAGAGGAUGAGGCCACAGAACCUCAGAUGGAAACCAAAGAAGGGCCCGGAAGGCACCAAGACAAGGCUGGACGGAGAGGACCUUCAGGUGAGGGAGGCGGGAUGAUGGACUCUAACCCCGACGCUUCAGACAGCAGGGCCACCCUCCCCGGUGCCUACGACCCGGUGGUGGAGCGAGAGCUCCGCGCUCUGGGCUCCCGGCCCCCGGGGCUCCACUUGGACCCCACAAACGCUGCCAGGACUCAAACUGCUGGUGAAUCUCAGGGGCUCUCCUCUUCCCGUGUCCCCCUGUCUUCUCCCCAUCCACCUCCCAGUGCGCUCAAACACAGCAGCCACGGUCCGGAUAAAACCAAACCUUCAGAUCCACCGUCUUUUCAGACAUCAAGCGUCAACAGUGUUGUCAUGACACCCAAACUGGCUCGCGCAGGGCCCAAGAUCUUUGACAAGGUCCUCGCCUUUGAGGAACGAAGGGCGAGCGCCGAUCCGCCGGCGGGAGUCGGAUUUGUGCCGGGUUCGAGAUUUGGACGGGCGGCUUCCUGCGACUCGGACGGCAGCGGAAAGAAGACGGGAGGCCUGCAGAAGCGAGCGGCGUUCAAGCCGCGAGCCUCGUCGCUGGAGGGCAAGACGAGCUACUCCCAGAAGGUCCAGAGCUACCAGAGCAAGUUCGCCGAAGAGCUCCAGAGGAUCAAGAAGCUUGUGGGGAAACCGAGCUUGAAGAAGGCUUAUUCCACUGAGCAGCCCACGGGGAAGCUGGAGCCCAUUCCUCCCCAAGUGGUGAGAAAGCUGCAGGCCAGGGAGCGAGAACCGGAGCAGAGGGAGGCUCCGCCGGGUCCAGGUCCCGGGACUCAGAGGACCGAGCCCGAGACGUCACAAGACAUCUCUGUUACCAUGGAGACGGCACACGAUCACCAGUUACCAGGGCAACCGCCGUCAACAACCACAAGCCUCGCCAGGGAAACUCUCCAAAACACACGUGGCAACACGUGGCAAAACCCCUCCUCUCCAUGGCGGGAGACGAAGACGGACGACAAAGCGGAACACGGAGCGGCCCCACUGACUGUGAGGGAACCGGGGUCCCUGUACCCGCCCAAGCCCAAGCCCCAAGCCCCCCCAUCACCCGCUCCCUCCAUCAGCCCUCUCACGAAGAGGAGGAAGGCGGAGGCGGGGCGGACGUCUCCGGCCACGAGAACGAGCAUCCCCGCCAUCCUGGUGGAGGACGAACCCUUGGAGACGGAAGGCGACGCGAGAAGGAAAGAGGGGAACGCUCUCAAGACAGAAGGGCGCUCGUCUGAGGACUCUGACGUGGAGCCGGCCGGGGGCCCGAGCUUUGAGAGGGCUCUCGUGGACACCACGGCGGCGAGCGGCUCGGAGGUCACGCUGAAGUGCAUCGUCACCGGGACACCGCCUCUUUCAGUGACGUGGAGGAAGCAUAACGUGGAGAUACGGAGCGACGCCUUCCACGUGGUGGAGGCCGACGGGGGGACGCACAGCCUGAUGAUAAAGCAGAUGAGGCCGAACAACGCGGGGUCCUACUGUGUCGCGGCGGUCAACGCGGCGGGCCGAGCGUCCUGCGCCGCCGCGCUCCAUAUCCAAUCGGAGCCGGCCCACGUGCAUUGUGGGAAGGUCAGAAGCCCAAUGCAGGAGGAGGCCAUGCAGCUCCGGCCCUCCAGCGCCGCCACUAAAAGAGUCCACUUUGAAGAAACUCCCUCAUUUCAGGAGGCGCCGUGUGACCAGGAGGUGACUCAGGGUCAAGAUGUGGUCAUCUCAGCGAAGGUGGCCGGGCAGCCCAAACCCGUGGUGGACUGGUUGAAGGACAAAGUCCCGGUGAAGACGGCGGGGCGCUUCGCCGUGAGAGAGACGGGCGGCGGCGCCAGUGAAAUGAGAAUCGGCUCAGCCCGGGUGUCCGACUCCGGCCUUUACAUCUGCAAGGUCGUCAACGAGUACGGCUGCGAGCAGGCGGAGUGCAGGGUGGAGGUCAAAGCGUCUGCGGCACAGACGGCGCUGAGAAUCACCCGGGAGGUCAAAGGUGUGGCGGUGAAGGCCGGGGAGUCGGCCGUGUUCGAGUGUCACAUGACGGGACCGCCGGACGUGGACGUGGACUGGCUCUCUCACGGGAAGCUGAUCCAGCCGGCGCUGCUCAACUGCAAAAUGCACUUUGACGGCAAGAGGUGCCGCCUGCUGCUCGAUUCGGUUCACGAGGACGACAGCGGAACGUACACCUGCAAGCUCGGCACUGCCAAAGAGGAGUUGACCUCCACCGCAAACCUGAGCGUCGCGCCAUCCAAGGAGCCUCUGUUCACGCGCAAGCUGGACAUCCUGGAGGUCAUCGAAGGUCACACCGCCCGCUUUGACUGUAAGGUGAGCGGGUCGCCCGCUCCUCGAGUCACGUGGAUGCAUUUUGAGGCGAGAGUGGAGGAGAGCGAUAACGUCCGCAUGCUUCGAGAAGGGGGUCGCCACUCGCUGCUCAUCGGCCGCGUCGGCGGCGACACGGAGGGCUUCUACACCGCGGUCGCUCAGAAUGCUCACGGAAAGUCCGAGUGCACCGCCGAGCUCUACAUGCAGGAGCCUCGAGCGGCCGUCUCCUCUCACGCGGCCAAGUUGGAGAAGAUGCCGUCCAUCCCCGAGGAGCCCGAAGUGCUGGAGAGCGAGGUGGAGAGGAGGACCAUGCCGGACUUUGUCAAGCCUCUGGCGGACGUGGAGGUGGUCGACGGCAAGGAGGCGCUGCUGGACUGCAAAGUGGCGGGCCUGCCCUACCCGACCAUCGCCUGGUUCCACAACGGCAAGCGCAUCGAGAGCAGCGAGGAACGCAAGAUGAGCCAGCACAGGGAUGUCCACAGCAUGGCCAUUCGGAGCGCCUGUCAUGCCCACGGGGGCGUCUACAAGGCCGUCAUCUCCAAUAAACUGGGCAAAGCGGCCUGCUACGCACAUCUUUAUGUCACAGAUAUCGUUCCUGAGCCCCCUGACGGUCCUCCGGUGAUCGAGGCCAUCACGGGGAAAACUAUAAGCCUCAGCUGGAAGCGGCCAAAGAGGCUGGACUCUUCGUUUGAUGCCGGCUCCUUGAUGUACGUGGUCCAGCAGCAGCCUCUGGGCUCCAUCCAGUGGUCUGUCGUGGCGUCUAGCCUGAGCGAGACCAGUUACUCCGCCACCUCCCUGUCCAAAGGAGUCCGUUACGCCUUCAGAAUCCUGACGUCCACCGGGAAGACCCUGAGCAAGCCGUCCCCCUCGACUGACCUGGUCCAGCUGCUGGACAGAGGACCCUAUUUAAGGAAAGCACCGGUGAUUCUGGACAAACCUGACAUCGUAUAUGUCGUUGAGAACCAGCCCGCGAGCAUCACCAUCACGCUGAACCACGUGCACGCAGUCGUCGCCUGGAAAAGGAGGGGGGUGGUGUUGGUCAACCGACUGGGGAUGUAUGAGAUGAGCAUGCCGGACGACGAUCAACACACGCUGAAGCUCCAGAGGGUCAGGAGCUCGGACGCCGGUCAGCUCGUGGUCUCGGCCAGCAACCAGUUUGGCAGCGACCUCUGCACGCUUCAGCUGGCGAUGGCGGGGCCUCCCAAGUUCGAGACCAUCAUGGAGGAUGUGGACGUGCACAUUGGGGAGACGUCCCGUCUGGCGGUGGUGGUCGAAGGGAAACCAGAACCAGAUAUCCUGUGGGAAAAGGGCGCGGUGCGUCUCUCCGAGAGCAACCACUUCACAUUCGUGUACGACGACCCCGAGUAUUCCCUGGUUGUCCUCAACGCCCGGCCCGAGCACUCCGGCGUGUACACCUGCACUGCCAAGAACCUGGCCGGCUCCAACUCCUGCAAAGCGGAACUCACAGUUCACACAGAGCGAAAGGAAGAAACAGAGCCAAUAGAAGACAAAGGAACCAUUUUGAGGAAGAUGAGGCGUUUGACGGAUUACUAUGAUAUCCACAAAGAGUUGGGGAGGGGGGCCUUCUCCUAUGUGAAGAGGGUGAUUCAGCAAAAGGGAAAGGCCGAGUUCGCCGCCAAGUUCAUCUCCGCGGGGGGGAGGAGGAAAGCCGCGGCCCUCGGAGAGAUGGACCUGCUGUCGGAGCUGGACAACGAGAGGAUUCUCUACUUCCACGACGCCUUUGAGAAGAAGCGCGCGGUGGUGCUCAUCACAGAGCUAUGUCACGAGGAGCUGCUGGAAAGAAUGGCCAAGAAAACCACAGUGAAGGAGCUGGAGAUCCGCUGGAGCGUUCAGCAGCUCCUGGAAGGUCUUCGUUACCUUCACCAGAAAAACAUUGCCCACCUCGACGUGAAGCCGGAAAACAUUUUGAUGGCAAGUCCCGCCAGCGACCUGAUCCGCAUCUGCGACUUCGGGAACGCCGUGAAGCUGGAGGCCUCCGAGGAGCACUACUGCAAAUACGGCACGCCGGAGUAUGUGGCGCCGGAGAUCGUUAACCAAACUCCCGUCUCCACGGCAACAGACAUAUGGUCCGCUGGUGUCAUCACGUACCUCUGCCUGACUGGCGUGUCUCCUUUUGCUGGUGAGAAUGACAGAGCGACCGCCUUAAACAUCCGUAGCUACAACGUGGCGUUCGAGGAGAGCAUGUUCGCCGACCUCUGCAAAGAAGCGAAGGGAUUCGUCAUCAAGCUUUUGGUGGCGGACCGACUGAGGCCCAGUGCCAUCGAGUGCCUUCGUCAGCCUUGGUUCAAGUCGUCAACGAACAAGAGCAUCAACACAGCGAUGCUGAAGCAAGUCUUGUCUCGAAGACGAUGGCAGCGUUCCCUUAUCAGCUACAAAUCCAAGAUGGUGAUGCGGUCGAUCCCAGAGCUUUUGAAUGAGUCAUCGAAGCACGUCUCCAUUGCCGUGGCCCGGCAUUUAAAAGAAGGCUCCCCGCCACCCUCCUCUUCCUCUGACUCUGAUGCGGACAUCGAUGAGCUUCCCUUCAUCCCGAUGCCGCUGUCCAUGGUCUUCUCCGGGUCCAGGGUCUCCCUCAACGAGAUCCCGGGGGACGAAGACGUCGCGGCGUGGCCCGGCGGCACUGCCGAUGGGACGAGGAAAAAGGACAACGCGGAGACGGCUGGUACGAGAGGAGGGGCUAGUAAAGGGGCGAAGGAUGAGGAGGAAACCCCAGUUGAGGAGAGGAUGGAAAAGACAAAACAAGCUCCCCUUCAAAAAGGAUCAAGCGUGGAGGCGGACGAAAGUCAGACGAAAGCCAGGAGGGCCACGAUGAGGAGAGGCAGCUCUGCGGAUUCAGCUCUGCUUCUCCACAUGGACCCAGAAGAGGAACACGCAAAGCAGGAUUCAGAAGAGAGUAACAAGAGCCUGAAGAAGGCGGUUUCCAUGGAACUACCCAAUCGCAGCCCGAGCCCCGGGGUGGCGACGCUGAGCCAGGAGGAUUAUGCCCUCAAGCUGGAACUGAUGAGGCAGCGGCUGCUCAGGGGAGGAAACGUGGACAAAAAGAUGAGCGGCCUGCGAGGGCCUUUGUUUGAAACACUGGGCAUGGAGGACGAGAGGCGCACCGCGUCUCUGGAUCGUAACUUGAGGAGAUCGAGGGCGGGACCAUCGGCGCUCACCAGAGCAGCGUCUUCAGAGAACCCCGGAGAGGACACGCCAAAGACCAAGGUUUUACUGAAAAGCACCUCCUUCACGCAGGGGGAUUCCGAGCCCAUGCCCUUGCACCGCAGGUUCGGAGCCCCCUUAGAGAUCCCAUCGGUGGGCAACGGCAGCGUAGAAGGGAAAAAGCUCCAGGAGGCCACCUCGAUGUCCGCGAUCACGGAACAAACACCGUCUCCGUCUGCCUCCCCGACAAAGAAGACUUCCUUUAUCCUCCUGACACCGGGGAGGUUGGACCAACAGCAGAAACGGAACAAUGGAAAAGAACGUGAUGAUAUGCAAAGUAUGAAUGAGAAGAACCGGGAUGGCGUGGCAGGGAAACGGACCAAAACCCAGUUAGAGAAGCCAGAUGAAGUAGAACCGAGAUCACCCGCCGUUAUUACUCCUAGAAUUGUAAUAGAGGAUGAUGAUGAUGAUGAUGAUGAAAAGAAAGAAGAUCAAGAGUUACGUAUUAAUGAAAAGGAUAUGAAAGAUCAAAUGCAAAAUAGUAAACCCUCCUCUGCAUAUGCGAGUGUCAUCGAAGCUGUGGCAGCCACAUCGAGUGGCUCGAGGUCGAGCCUCACGUUACCCGAGCAUCCAGCGGUUUUCGCCAAAGUAGCGGCGGCCGAUCGAUCUCCUGGUUCAGCUUCCAGCUCGCCAAACCUCGAUCCGGCUGCCGGGUCCCGCCACCCUGUGCUGAGAACAGACAUCAAAGACAUCGACUCUGAGGAGGUCUUUGAAGCCCGGUUUAGGAAGCGGGAGUCGUCUCUGACCCGUGGCCUCCGAAAACUGACCAGGAACAAAUCGGAGGACAAAUCCCCCGUGCUGAACCGGAAGGGGGGCGAGGAGGUCUACAGGCCGGGGCCUAGGGGGGCGCCACUUGAAAUGGUGUCCAAAGGACUGCAGAAGAAAUCCAAGUCUGUUCAGGAUUUGAGAGAAGAAGAGACGGAAACGGGCUUGGGCCGGAUCGGGAGGUUCUCCUUGCGGUCCAAGAGGUCCCCGUCUGUGGAAAAGAAGGAUGAGAAACCAAAAGAGGAAAAGCAUCAGGACGCGCCGAAAGCCGCUGUCAACAAGAGGGUUUCGUGGGCGAUCGGUCACAGUCGGUCCCUGGAUACGAAGGAGCCGAGCAGUGCAGGGGCCCAAAGGCCGCUGGAUGAGAGGGAAGAAAGAAAGGAGGACGAGUCAUCGGUUUCUGCCAUGAGGCGCAAGUUUGAGUCCAAAGUGGCAGGAAUCUCUGCCAAAAUAAGGACCCAGUCCGAGGAGAGGAAGGAUCUGGUGCAGAGGGAUUUGAAGAAGGUCACCGACUCCCCCGUUCUGGCAAUGAGACACAAGUUCGAGAACAAAGUGGCGGGAGCGACCUCAAAGAUCCGCACUCAGUCCGAGGAGAGAAAGGAGGGCGAGGAGGGCGAGAUGACGCCUCUGUUCACCCGCCAUCGCCAUUCCCAAUCCGAGGGGCGGGGCCUCAAAGGGAUGGGCAUCCCCGAGAAUGAGCUGGCCAAACAGACGGGCGCCGCGGCGUCCAAGGAGUCCAUCGAAUCCGCCUCCAGCGUCCAUUCCGAAAAGACCGCGAAGACGGACCGGCGAUCCCGGUGGGACAGGUGGGGUUUGACGAGGGGCAAGAAGGACAAGACCCCCUCGUCUGCCGCCCCCACAGAGGAGGGGUUGUCACGGAGCCGGCAGUUCAUCCGCUCGGCUUCGGACUUCGCCCCCGUGUUCCACAUCAAGCUGAAGGACCACGUCCUGCUGGAGGGGGAGUCGGUCACCCUCAGCUGCCUUCCAGCCGGGAGUCCACACCCGGACAUCUCGUGGACGAUGGACCGGAGACCUCUGCAGGUGGAUGAGCGGCUCGACCUGAUGUCUCAUCCAGAUGGCCGGCAGCUUCUCACGAUCGUGAAGUCCAGCCGGAGGGACGCUGGGGUUUACGAAUGCGUGGCGACCAACCCCAUCGCGACCAUCACCACCUCCUGCACGCUGACCAUCGCUUGUGUCCCCAAACGGCCCGGGACCCCCGAAGUCCCCCAGACCUACAACAACACGGCUCUGGUGCUCUGGAAGCCAGCGGACUCCAAGUCUCCGUGCAGCUACACCCUGGAAAGCAAAACCGAAGUUCCUUUUGCAGUUGAUUCUAACUGGCUGACUGUGGCCACUGGAGUUGUGGACUGCUACUACAAUGUCACCGACCUGCCACCAGGGGGCACUUUUAAGUUCCGAGUGGCCUGCACCAACAAGGCAGGACAGGGCCCGUACAGCAACGGCUCUGCUCCAGUCAGCCUGGACUCCACAGCUGGAGGAGCUCCACCCGCCACGGCCGUCGUGAAGACGGUCCCAUCUCCGGUCGUCCCCUCCUCGGUGACCGCGUCCCCGUUAAAGCCGGUCCAGAGCCCGGCUCCGGGGACGGCUGAUGCAGCUCCGCCUCUUCCACUUCCACCUGCGCCCUCUCUGUCUUCCGGCCCUGCGACAAAUCCCGCCGAGCACGCUCCAAAAAUAAGCUCCUCUCAUCCCUCUUCACCCGCAGUCAAAGCACCUCCGCCCUUUGUCCUCCCCAAACCCCAGAGUCCGGUGAACGUGGUGUCUCCUAUGACCCAGAACCCACCCAUAUCCCCGCCCCCGCCUCUUGUAACCCCGACGCCGUUUAAACCGGCGGUGGCCUCGGUGCCCACGUACGCCCCCACCACCACCGCCACAGCCCGCGUGACCCCGACCCCCGUCCCCUUUUGCCCACAAGUGCUCCAGUCCUCCAGCCUGAGCCCCAUUGGUGACGGGGUCGGUGGCCCCAGCAGAGGCCCCCCAUCAGGACGCACUACGCCCUCCACUGCUCUGCAACAGGGGGUUCCACAGAAACCGUACACUUUCCUGGACGAGAAAGCCAGGGGGCGUUUUGGAGUCGUCCGAGAGUGCCGCGAGAACACGACGGGCAACAUCUACAUGGCGAAGAUCAUCUCCUACAACCAGGCGAACAAGCAGGAGGUCCUGAAGGAGUACGAGAUCCUGAAGACCCUCCACAAUGAGAAGGUCAUGGCUCUGCACGAGGCCUACGUCACGCCGCACUACCUGGUGCUGGUGGCGGAGUACUGCACCGGCAAAGAGCUGCUGUACAGCCUCAUCGACAGGUUCCGCUACUCUGAGGACGACGUGGUGGGCUACCUGGUCCAGAUCCUUCAGGGGGUGGAGUACCUCCACAACCGGCGCGUCCUCCACCUGGACCUCAAGCCCGACAACAUCAUGGUGACCAACCUCAACGCCAUCAAGAUCGUGGACUUUGGGAGCGCUCAGAGCUUCAACCCCCUCAGCCUCAAACACUCUGUCCCGGGGGCGGGAACACUGGAGUACAUGGCUCCCGAGAUGGUCAAAGGGGAGGUGGUUGGUCCUCCUGCGGAUAUUUGGACUGUUGGCGUUGUGACCUUUAUCAUGCUCAGUGGCCGGCUGCCCUUUGACGAUAAAGACCCUCUGCAAGUGGAAUCCAAAAUCCUGACGGCCAAGUUUGACCCCACUAAACUCUACCCCAACGUGUCCCAGAGUGCCUCCUCGGUUCUCAAGAAGAUGUUGAGCAGUUACCCGUGGGCCCGUCCGACCACACGGGACUGCUUCACCCAGGCCUGGCUGCAGGACUCGUACCUGAUGAAGCUGAGGAGGCAAACUCUCACCUUCACCUCGGGCCGACUCAAAGAGUUCCUGGUGGAGCAGCAGGGCCGCCGCACGGACGACGCCACCGAGCACAAGGUGCUGCUGCGCACCUACCAGAGCUCCCCGGCGCCCGGCACCGGCCCAAAGUGAGAUGGGCCGGCAGUGACUUGUUCACGUAGGUCAGAACUGCUCAGAAACUGCUCAUCCUUUGAGAGGACACUGGAUGCUCUUUGGUUUUCUUUGAUUGCACACUUUCUCGGUCCCCUCGUGAGUUCUGAACGUGCACAUUGAUUCAUAUGAUUGUUUUUUGUGUGAACAUCGGUCUCCACUGCGCGAUCGGACCCCGGAGCAUGCAUACGUAUACCGUCAGCGGCUCCCCCUUGUUUCUGUCACUACAUGUGUAAGUCAACAACUCACGUGAAAUGUACCAUGAUUUAAAGCUGCUAAUUUUAUUUUAUUUUUUAGCAUUUAACUACACCUUUUAAAACUCAAAACCAAAAAAUAUUCUUUUUUUCUUUUUUUGUGUGGAAACUGUUUACUUUUUACAUGUUAAUUUAUUUGUGCGUGUGUGUGUGUGUGUGAGUGCGAGAGCUAAAAAAGGAAAAAGAUAUAACUAGCGUGCUCGUGAUCGGCGUUCAGAUUCACACCGUGAAAAUGAACUAAUUUAGGCCGAGCUAGGAACUUCUGGUACAACUCGUCGUCCUGUGGUUGAAACUAAACUGUCAUGAAAAGUCAUCCGCUGUGGUUUUCUCAUAUCUCAGAUCACGAUCACCCAGUCAGUGCCUCAAUCGGAUCGAUAACCACAAUGUUUCUCUUGAAUGUGUCUCCACGUGGUAAGAAUUCACAAUUGAUUGACAAACGUUUGACUGCAAUAUUUGGACUUUACAACGACGCGGAUGCGUCCUCAUCCACGCAGUCCUUGUAAUAAUAGACGGUCUUGUGUAUUGCUCUAUCACAGUGUUCCCUUUUUGUAUGAAUUUGGACGUUUAAAGAUUUAUAAAUGUACCAAUUUGCGGUGUUUAUAUGUGGGGGGGGGUGAAGAUGUUUUUAUGAGAAGGUAUGUAAUAAACUAUUGAUACAAUUGGGAAAGGUUA